AUUUAUUGGCUCAACAUUCCAUUCUCCAUUCCUUGAUUUUUUGUUCACGCCCCUUUAAUGAAUAUUGGGACUUUGUGUUUUGAUUUUCUCUAUAUGUGCCCAAUAAUUGUUUGUUCAUCCCCCCUCAUUUUGUUGUUUCCAAUUCUUAUUUUGAAAUGAAAAUUCAAAGGUUUCAACCCAUGUAGAGUCUUCUAUAUAAGUAGUUGUGUUGUGAUGCCCUCAUCCACAAUCCCUUCUGAAUUAAGUGUUUUUCCUCUUCAUAAUUUGUUCUUCAUUCCCUCUUAAGAUGUCUCUCAGAGUUGAUGAUGUGUCCAAGAUUGAUGCUUCCAAAGAAACUUGGGCCAUUGUUGUGAAGGUUGUAAGGUUGUGGUUUACUCCUAGCUACUCUGGAUCUAAGCUCCCUUCAUCGUUGGAGAUGGUUUUGAUGGACUCCAAGGGCUGCAAAAUACAUGCUUCAAUCCGGCGUACUUUAGUCUACCGAUUCAAGAAUCAGUUGUUUGAGGGCUGUGUAUACCAGAUAUCAUUUUUUGGUGUUUGUGAGAACGGCGGUGAUUUCAGGACGACCUCUCAUCCAUACAAGGUUAAUUUUCAAAUGCAUACCAGUGUUAGGCUUAUGGUUAACACCCCCAUCACAGGAAAACCUUUUACCUUCAUGCCUCUAUCUGAUGUUGUCUUCAAGGAUCCUGACACAUCCUUCCUCAUAGAUGUCAUAGGUAUCUUGACUGGCUCCUCUGGUGAGCAGGAGUUUGAGAAGCAUGGUAAAGUGCAAAAGAGGAUCACACUAGAAAUUGAACAGGAAGGAGUUCGUGUCGAGGCAGCUUUUUUUGGAAAAUAUGUGGAUGAAAUUGUUGGGCAAUUGGCUUCUGGGGAUAUGACGAACGCUGUAGUUGUUGUCCAAUUUGCGAAGAUAAAACCGUUUAAAGGGAGGCCUAGCAUUCAAAACGUGUAUGGGGCAACCCAAAUUCUUUUUAAUCGUGCUAUUGAUGAAGCUGGUCCAAUUCGAGAAAGGUUUUUUGAGACUAAUGGCCCUGCUGCUAAAGUCAUUUGCCAGCUUCAGGAUUCGGCAAAACUAUCUCCAGCAGAGGAUUUUCUAAAACAAAAUGAAGGGAAAACCAUUGAGCAGAUUAAAGAUUUGGCUGAGAAAUCUGUUUGUGUUGUGUUUGCCACUAUUAAAUUCAUUCCUGAUGACAACAGUUGGUAUUACCCUGCUUGCAAGUGUAACAAAAAGGUGUACCCAGCUGAGGACAUGUACUUUUGUGAAGCCUGUGUUCGCCAUGUUGUUACUGCAAUUCCUAAAUACAAAAUUCGUUUGAGGGUUAUGGAUGCUAAAGAUUCGACAACCUUUGUUUUAUUUGAUCAAGAGGCCAACAAUCUUCUUAAUAAGCCAUGUUCUGAAUUGGUUGAAAAAUGCCAUAAGGACCCUAGCGAUUCUCAGGUUCCGUCGGAGAUUAUGAGUUUGAUUGAUAAGUCAUUUUUAUUCAAGAUUGAAGUUGACAAUAGUUCCAACACAUGGUUUGAGCCAUCUUAUAAGGUGAAGAGAAUUUGUUCUGAUCCUGAAGUCAUUUCCCAAUUUAAGAACGCAAAUCCCCACUUAGAAAGCUCUCCUCCCUAUAUGCUUUUAACAACUCCUAGCUCAGGGAGUGUUGGCCAAGGAUCUUCUUCAAGUUUUGCUAAGGAUCUUAAUGAAGAUUUUAAUGUUGCUGGUGGGCUUUCUUCAAACAAUUCUCCUGUUGCUGAUAAAAGUAGAGGUUGUCGAGAAGGUUCUAUAGUGUUGGCUCCUGUUUCUGAACUGAAAAUGCAGUUCGAAACCCAAAAGAAAUCCAACAAGGGAAAGGCAGAAAUUCUACCUAAAAAAGAUUGUCUUGAUGUUUGUAAGGCUUCGAAUGGUGCUCCCGGUGGUUCUUCUACAGCCUGCUAUCCAUAUAACUUGAUCAAUGAACCUGCUGCUAUUGAAGCCUCUUCUAAAUUAGUUAGUGGUGUUAAUGGAUCAUCCCCCCUAGAAAAUCCCGAGCUUUCAGCAACUAAGCACGAUGAUCUGGCUCAUGAUAAGGAGGUCAAAGUCCCACAAAAAAUGAAAUCAGUGGCUUCUAAAAAGAACGUUUCUGCUUCUUCUAAAAAGAAUGUUCAGGACAAAGCUCUUAAUGUUGAAACGGAGGGUAUCAUCAAAGCUUCCCUACCAUACAAUGUGAAUUCUGAGAAACCUCUUCAUGUGGAAAGCAAUGAUUCUCCUCCUGCUAAACGUCCUAGCCCUGAAGCAAAUCCUAUUUCUGACAACAAGAAGCCUCUGAAGAUGGUCAAGAAAGAGAAAAUUUGAGAGAGUUUAUGUCUAUUCAAAAGUGUUUUGUUUUUUGAUGUUUUUUGUUGGCUCUAUGAGCCAUUGAUGGUGUUAUGCGAAUUUUCAUUAUGAUUUUGUAGUUUGUCAUUUUGAAGAUCCUUUCAAUUUUGCCCUCUAAGGGAUGUACUUGACUUUUUCAUCCGAUGAUCGGAUACACCGUUUAUCUUAUGCAAUGUUCCCUUUUUCCA